UGCUUCACACAUUCCCGAUACCACAGAUCGCGGUCACUGCCAUCAUCUCAGCAAGGAGCAUUUACCAGUGCAGGUCCCCAGGAUGUUCAAUGGAAGUGAUGAGAAUCUUGUCCCAGCCGUAUCACACUUUCAUAACCAAGAGACUGUGUUCACAACACUGGUAUAUGUGAUCACCUUUCUGGUGGGCGUCCCUGGUAAUAUUCUGGUGCUUUGGGUUACUGGUGUGAAGAUGAAGAAAACAGUGAACAUGGUUUGGUUCUGGAACCUGGCUGUGGCCGACAUCAUGUGCUGUCUGUCUCUUCCACUCUCCACCGUCCAGUUAUAUUACAAGGAAUGGUUGUUCGGAGCUGCACUCUGCAAGAUCAUCCCGGCCAUAGUCAUCCUUAACAUGUUUGCCAGCGUCUUCACCUUGGUGGCCAUCAGCAUUGACCGCUGCGUUCAGGUAGUCCUGCCGGUGUGGGCCCAGAAUCACCGCAGCCUACCAAUGGCCUGGCUUGUCUGCUUGGUUAUCUGGAUACUAUCGUUCACUAUGUCCUUACCCGUCUUUCUCUACAGAAGGUUCUCAACAGACCACAAUGUCACCAGCUGCGAGUACCAGUUUGGCGGCCAUGAUUACCCCAGUUACUUUGUUGAUGACAGCUUUUACUUAAAUUAUGAAGACCUUCCCAACCUUAAUGAAUCUCAAGUUCCUUUCAUGGUUCUUGAAGACCACCACUUCGGUAUGCACAACCAAGUCUCCGUUGAUGACGUCACCAUAACAGUGACACGUAUGUUGUUUGGUUUCUUGUUCCCUCUCUUGAUUAUCACUGCCUGUUACAUUCGUCUGGCUCUAAAAGUACAAAGCAGCAGGUUCCUUAAGGUGGGCAAAAAGACUACCAAGGUGGUCUACGGCAUCAUUGUGGCCUUCUGCGUGACCUGGGCACCUUACCACAUCAUUGGCAUGGUCCUCUUGUAUGAUCAAAACCAAAUAGUGAGGAAACUGAACAACGUCUCUGUGGCCUUGGCUUUCUCCAACAGCUGCAUCAACCCAGUUCUCUACGUCUUCAUGGGCAAGGGCUUCAAGGCUAAGAUGAGUCAGUCUUUGUGGCAGCUCAUGGAGAGCGCCUUUAGUGAAGAAGUGACUAAAACCACCGAACGUAGCAAGACUAAAAGCUCCAUCCAAAACAGUGUGGACUUAUAAGGAGAUGAAAUUACAAAGGUAAUGUUGCUAGGAGGAGUUGAGGGUAUACAUAGGGGCGAACACCAUAGAAAGGAUCAAAUGGGGUCUCCUCUGCAAUCUGGUUCCUGUACCAUGUCCACCAUCCAAGGAGAAGGAUGGUGGGACUCUUGGGCCAACUGCUCCCUUGUUCUUUGCUAAUGUUGCUGCUCUCCAGAAGAAGGAAGUCUUGGUAGGUUCUAUAAAGAGAGGAUGGAGCUUAUCUCAGCUGGGCGAACAUGUCAAGAGGUCCCAUAUCUGCUGCACUGGGUGCUUCUAUGGUAUUGGAAACCCAUCUAUGUAUGAAUGACAACAGAAAUGGACAAUACUUUAUACGAUGGACAUCUAUCAAUCAGUCCCAUGUGUCUCGCCAAAUUAAAGUCCUGUGCCAUUAACAGGGUUUAACAGCAGUGCAUCUUCCAUAGAGAGAUACCAUGAAUGUGGCCUCCUGAGGUCCUCCGGUCAUAUCCCCAAUUCUAUUCAAGAUUAUGUAUCUCCCAGGGAAAGAGCCAGUGAGAUGAUUCUCUUUCCCUUGGAGAUAACCCUCUGCGUAUUACUUUCCCAUGGAGCAUGGCCACUAAGUCUCAGCACACAUAUGGUCCCUUAAGAAGAGCCAGUACCCCUGCUAAGCUUAUGUGUCCAAAUAUUAAGUGCCACUGGUCCUAAUAAAGGGGAUGGACCCAUAUUCCCUUAGGCUGCAGCUGAGACAGUUACUUGGACCAAGCAAUGAGUUGCUUUUCUUGACGAGAUAACAAGGCACACGAUAAGUGCAACCAAAUUCCUUGACCAAACAGUCUUGUGGGGUCUACUCCAUGGCAGCAUCAUUUAUAGUGGACCAGAGUGCCAGCUACCGGAAUUCCUAGGCAAGAGAUGAUAAUGCCCCCAUAACAGUGACAUCUACAGUGCCCCCAUAACAGUGACCUCCACAGUGCCCCCAUAACAGUGACCUCCACAGUGCCCCCAUAACAGUGAC